GUCAUUGCCGUGCGCCUCGCUCGCUCGCUCCGGGUGGGUAGCGUCCAAGAUGCCGGAGCUGGAGACGGUGUUGGGGAAGCGGGAGCUCUUUUUCGUGAGUAGGCCCCGGUGGGAAGGUGUCGGGGGGUGAAAUGCUCGGACGGGUCCUGCCUAGGUCGAGCCUCCCUUUCUCCCACAGAACUUAAUUCUCUCCCCCCCGCCGGUGAAAUAAAAGGCGAGGCUUCCUUCGAACAUGUGCAGAGUUCUUUCCCCUCAAGAUUGAACUAAGUCAAGGAAAAGCGAUGUAAUCCUGCUAAUGGCGAGUCGCCUUGCGCAAUAAUUCUACUUUGCAUUCGUGCAGCGAAUUUUAAGUGUUCAAAAUGUCCCGUGUACCGUAUGGUAUUUCAUGGCCAGGCCAAGUGUUGUUACAAGAGAGAACCGCUGUCUCUUUGUGCCCUUUGACUCCCUCCUUCUUGUAACAUUUAAUACCAAAAAAGAUUGUGAUACGACAUCAUCAUACUGCUGCUGCCAGCCUAUGGUGUUAAAGUGGGGUGUUUAUCAUGAUGUCACUCUAUGUUAUUUUAAGUAGACAUUUAAAAAGGAAGCGGCUUAGAGUGACAGCUGUUGUAUGAUUCUUUGUAACAGCCUUUCUCAACCUUGGGUUCCCAGAUGUUGUUGGACUACAAUUCCUGUCAUUUCUAGCUAGCAGGACCAGUGGUCAGGGAUGAUGGGAGUCCAGCAAUAUUUGGGACCCAAGAUUGAGAAAUGCUGCUCUAUAAUAUUUGCUUUGGUCCUUACUAACCUACAGUGGUCCUGUAAGGUAAAACUGUACAUUCCCACCACCACCACCACAUUUGAGCUUAGAGCUGGGGCCAGAGACUUGCUAAAGAUUAUUUAGUGAAUUUGUGGCUGCAGUAAAGUAUGAAGUGAUGAUUUUUUUGUUCAUUUUUCAUAUGCUCACAUGUAAAAUUAGGUAGCAUUUUUCAAAAGCCUGAAGAUAGCAUUGGGGUGCCUAAGUUAUAACGGUGCUGCACAAAGAAAUAUAAUAGUACAUCCUCUCUCUAAAAUUAUAAUGCCUUGCUCCUCACCCCUACACAGGAAGAGGAAGACUUGCAAUAUGAAGAAGAAAUAUUGCGCAACCCCUUCUCUGUCAAGUGCUGGAUCCGCUACAUUGAGUUCAAGCAAAAUGCUCCUAAGCAUAUCUUGAAUCUGAUCUAUGAGAGAGCUCUUAAGGAAUUGCCAGGCAGGUAUGCACUUGUGUCUCUUUUAUGUAAAGUUCUUUAGCAAACUGCAUGAAGGUAGUAGGGUAACCUGUUUCAAUCCAGAUUUUCAUAAGGCAUUGUUGUAUAAAAAAUGUAAAUGAAAGGCUAACUCUUAACUUCUCCAGAGGUGAGGGGAGUUUCUUAUGGUCUGUUUUCUGGUCUCUUCUGAAAGCAGACAGGAAUACCCUCAACAGAUGGAACCCCUUGCUGUCCCUGUUGAUGUUUCCCUGGUUUAUUUCAGGAGCAAGGCACUAUGAUCACCCAACUCCCCUCGUAAUGAGAGCUGGGAGCAACAUGGCAAAAUCUUUUACUUUAAUGUUAAUAGUUGCCCCCUUUGUGUUUUGCAGCUACAAGCUAUGGUAUAAUUAUCUUAAGCAGCGACGGAAGCAGGUAAAGAGCAAGUGUGUAACGGAUCCCAGCUAUGAAGAAGUGAACAACUGUCAUGAGCGUGCCCUUGUCUUCAUGCACAAGGUACAGUGGUUAGUGAUAUGCUUAGAGGGCUGGUAACGCCUGGGAAAAAUGAGUCAAUCAUAAUGGCUGCUAUUAUGGCUGGUUAUGACGAUGUCUAUCUGAAGGCCUCACAUAUGUUUUCAUUCCAGAGCUGUUUCUCAGAUGUGUGCAUAUGUGGAAUGCAAUAAUGGCUUUAGUAUACCACUUUCAACUCUCUUAAAAACAACAAUCUUUAGCCUAAAUCUGUGAGUUUGUCUCAGAAACUGUUGUAGAUGCCACAUAGCAAUGGGAAGGAAAUGAUAAAAAUAACGGGGGAGCUCCUUCCUUAAGAAAGCCUUAACGAAAAGCACUGAAGGGUUUAUAAACUGAUGAACCAUUUUGUAGAGAAUUUUUUAUUCAAAACACUAGCACUUGAGUCUCCUAGUGAAAUUAGAGAUCUUUCUAUGUAUAAGAUGCCCCCAAAUUUUAGACAUUAUUUUUAGGAGGGAAACCUAGUUUAUACACGGAAAAAUACGGUAAUUGAUUUCAAUAGGUUUAGGAUAAGCAAAAAGGAAAUGCACAAAAGUUGUUGGACACUAUUUUGGACGGCCAAAUCCUGGCUAUGUCUGGGAAAUUCCAGACGUAUGGCAGCCCUAGUAUUACAAAGUGUGGAGUUUGCAAGUAAGUUUGUUGGCUUUUUGAAUAAAGAAAUAGAUAAAUUAGUGGAGUCCAUUAAGCAGAAUUUCUAAAAAUGGAACAGCUGUAUUCAGAGGCAGUGACUUGCUUGACUGCUGCAUGCUAGAUGCAAGCCAAUGUUGUUGUCAUAGCCCACUUGUGAACUUCCUAGUCACAUAUGUGUAGCCACUAUUAGAAGCAGGCUGUGGGACAGUGUUAACCUUUGGUCGGAUCCCCAAAGGGAGAUGCUAUUUUCUUCUUAUUAUCUGUCUGAUUGUAGAUGCCUCGGAUAUGGCUAGAUUACUGCCAGUUUCUUAUGGACCAGUGUCGGAUCACCCGCACCCGUAGGACCUUUGACCGAGCGCUCCGGGCCCUGCCCAUCACACAGCACCAUCGUAUCUGGCCACUCUACCUGAAGUUUGUUCGCCUGUAUCCAUUACCCGAGACAGCUGUACGGGUCUAUCGCAGGUACCUGAAGGUAAGCGGGCCCACAUGUCUGCAACUAAUUUGUCUUACCAAACUCUUCCACCUCUGAGCCAUCUGCGUAAUCUUUGUAGAGAAGGUGUUGUCUUCCUUGUGCAAUAACUGCCUAAAUGAGUUUCUUCUCUUUUAGGCUCCUUUUCAUUAUUAGCACUGAAUGAAUUCUUGUCCUGCUUUUAGUCUUGUGCAUAGCCCUUGCAAAACUUCUACUGGAAUACUAUACUGUAUUUGACUUGGGUACUCAUAGUGUUUGGAAGUGACUAGAGAGGGUACAGAGAGAUCAGAAGGCUGUGGAACAAAUUCUUCAAUAGCACCAAAAUAUUUGAUUGAUUUCAUUUAUGACAGAGAACAAUAAAAUUGCUUUUUCAGCAAAGAGAAAUCCCUUCUCAAAGGGAGAGUAUUGGACAAAAGUGUUAUUUAAUUGGGUACCUCUCUAGAUCAGAUGAGGGAGGUUUUCCAGAAAUACUAAUGCACAUUUCAUUGUGUUAACCCAAGAACUGGCCUUCAGCUGGGAGUUGAGAUGCAGAAACUUGCUGUAAAUUACAUCAGUAGCGCCCAAUAAUUUUCUUUUUUCUGUUAUUUUUAAAGAAACCGAGACACCAGAUGCAAAGGAAGCCACAAUCCCUUAACCUUCAGUAGUUUCACAAAACAGGAAAUUUCAGCAGGGGCAGGUUUUUUGCAGCCCUACAUGACAAAUUCCAUCUUUUACAACUCCCUCUUAUAUACAUCUGGUAAAGAUGCAAGGUGCUUGUACUUUUUUUGCAUCUGAUCACCCUACAGCAAGGAUAAAUGAACAUAGGCCAACUUUUCAGUAGAUCCUGCAUUGCAGAUGGACUUAAAGAGGGGUUCUGGGUCUGAAACCCUUUUCUUAGGACUCCUGAACUAGGACACCUCUUUACAAAAUGUUGUCUGCUCUAAAUCUGUAGAUAGUAGUCUGUUUAAUCUUCUGCUGUUUUUUAUUUUAAUUUUGGAAUAAGUGAAAAUUUUGUCAUGUUGCAUAAAAGAAAUCACACUUGUUCCCCCCGACAAAUCUUAAUUAGCUUUAACACACUAUGCACAAAGGGUUGCAAGCUACUCCUUGUAUUCUUAGCUAAGCUUGAGUUGGCGCUUCUUGCAGUGCUGCAAUUAAUCUACAUUAGCUCUUCUACUGCCACUAUUUUGGUCUUGUCAGCAUUCUGGUGGAUUCUGAGCUGUACGCGUUUUUAUGUUGCAGCUGAGCCCGGAGAAUGCUGAGGAAUAUAUUGAGUACCUGCGCUCCAUUGACCGCCUAGAUGAGGCUGCUGUCCGCCUUGCCGCUGUGGUGAAUGAUGAACGCUUCAUCUCCAAGGAGGGGAAAUCCAACUAUCAAGUGAGGCUCAUGGUAGCUGGCAGUCAGCCCUCCAAAAUUAUGUGAAGGAUCUCUCUUCUCCUUCAUCCAAAGACGCCUGCUGCCGAACAACCUGUACACUUGAUGCUUUUCCUGCCUCUCAGCGUUGCCAAGAUCUCUCUGACACCUUGUCCUCUCUGUUGCAGCUGUGGCACGAGCUCUGUGACCUCAUCUCGCAGAAUCCGGACAAGGUGAAGUCGCUCAAUGUGGGGGCCAUAAUCCGGGGCGGCCUGACUCGCUUCACCGACCAGCUGGGCAAGCUAUGGUGUUCCUUGGCAGACUACUACAUCCGCAGUGGGCAUUUUGAGAAGGUAGUCACCUAGGCCUGAGGGUUUGUGCUGUGAUGCAGGGACUUGGCUGGAGUCGCAUCCCAGGGGGAACUUCAAAAUGGCACAGAGUGUAACGUUCAAGUCUGUCAGCUAUUUCCUCUUAAAUUCCGUAUUCAUCUGGUCUGAGCAAGAACUCACCUUUAUUUGGUGAAAAUCUUGGGUUGGAGACAGACAUUAAUUUUUAUGAAGGGCUGAAGACAGUUUGAACAAAAGUCUGCUAGUAAUGGUAAAUACAUGCCACCCACAUGUACCCCUACUAAGCAGACUUUAUAGGUGUUUCUAUUGUUCUGAGACCCUUUUUGACCAGAAGGGAAGCCUGUUUUAGAUCACGUUGAACUCACUUAAAAAGAGCUAUUGUCUGUCUCCACUCUUCUCCUAAUUCACUCUUUUAAAUAAGGCGUUUACUGAGCUUGUAGGGAUCAGAUAAUGAACAGUAGGCAAAAUAACCAACAGAAAUCCUUACAAGCCACCAAACAAAAAUGGAAAUGGAAGAAUCUGGAAGACUGGCAAUAGAGGAAAGUUACUGAGCAUAGAGGAGGGACAAAGGGUAGUGGGUUAUCUCCUGUGAUUUUCUUCUUUUAUUAUAUUAUUUCUGUUCUGCCUUUCUGCCCAUCAGAAGAAUUCAUAGUGUCUCAUAAUACAUGAAGUGUUCCAAGUUUGUGAAAAGUCACUAGGGAAAACAAAGAAGAAUCCUAGUGCUUUCUGGGGUGACUGUACAUAACAAGCAGGAUUUUCAUGUCUUAAUGUCAUGCCGAGUAGAUUUUUAGAAAUCAUGGUUUGUUUGCUUUUUUAAUUGGUACCGAGGUCAGCAAACCGGUGAAAAAAAUGUGAUGCAUGGACAGCUGGAGGAGACUGAGAAAUAGUACUCAAUAAUGUGUUUCCUCCUUUGGGACAUCUGAACAAGCCCUCAGUUGUUCAGGUUUAAACUUCUGGGUGAUCCUGUAACUUGAUUCCUCCUCAAAUUAGAAUCAAAGGCAAAAGCAUUUAGCCCAGAGAUUUUCAACCUUUUUGAGUUCACGGCUCCCUUGACCAACUGCAUUCUUUCUGCAGCACCCCUGUGGGGCUCAGGAGCCCAGCUAUGCCACCCCUUGCCUGCCAAGCUGGCAGCCUCUCACCCUUUUUGGAACACCCUCCCUUGUGUAGGGUUCCCUCAGCCUCCUCUCCCCUGGGCAGCUGCAGCUGCCGCCCCUUGUCUCUGAGUUGCCCCCUCCCCAAGAGAGAUGCCUCAUCAAACUGCCCCACAGGGGCCUGGGAAGCAACCCCUGGCUGGCUACAGAGGCACCAUUCGCCUGAGGAGCUUGUAGCAAGGACUGCUGCAACAAACAGCUGUGCAAGCCUUUAGGAGGCAGAGACACAAGAGGGCAUCAGGAGGGAGGGAAGGAAAGAGGGACAGAGGCCAGUGUUGCCUGCAGCACCCCUGACUAUUGUUCAAGGCACCCCAGGUUGAAAACUACUGAUUUAGCCAAUAGACUUUGGAUUUGAUGGGCAACCUAGUGCAUGAUUUCCCCCAGCCUGAAUAUCCCUGUUAAAUAUAGGGUUGAGCUCUGAAAGCUGUUAGAAUGCAGUUGUCACUUUGGACUGAGUUGCUGGUACCUGCUCUUUCUUGGCAUGGGAAGUUAAUGUUGCCUGUUCCAGAUAACCUCUUUGUAGAUCAUUUUCAUGCCAGAGGCAGUUCCUCUUGGCCCACCGUUUCAUCCCACAAUAAGAAAAAGCUUUGAGUUCCAUAUAACUGGAUACGUCUUGAGUGGUGAUCUGUGCUUUCUUAAGAACAUUUCCCAGGAAAACCAUUAGAGAAGUCGAAGCUGCUUGGUAGCUGGCCAUGGGAACAGAGACCACAGGCAUUGCUUUGCAGACUGGAACAGUAAUUCCUUCACCCUCUCUGUCUUAGGCUCGCGAUGUCUACGAAGAAGCCAUACAGACUGUGAUGACAGUGCGGGAUUUCACUCAGGUGUUUGACAGCUACGCCCAAUUUGAGGAGAGCAUGAUUGCUGCCAAGAUGGAGACCAGCUCUGAGAUGGGACGUGAGGAGGAGGGUAAGAGCAGCGAAAUUCUUCUCCAGACUGCAUCUAGGAGAAUGCAUGCCAGAGUUGCUGAGACUCCUGAGGAUGUCUCAGUUCUCCCUAAACCUUUUCAAGUUGUGAUGGACGUUUCUCCCUGGGGUUGCAUCAUUGAUAAAGCCUUAUAUUAAAAGAGCUUCCCUCUCCUAAGGCCAUUGGAUGUGGACCCAGCAAUUCUUAAUUCAUAUCCUUGCAUUUUGUGGACAUCCUUUGGAACUUGGGAUAUAUAUAUAUCUUCUCAUAUAAAAUCCUGCCCUUCCUCCUAAAGGAACCCAGGGCAUAACUAUAGGUAUGGAAUGUGUAGGUGAGAAAAUAGAGGGGGAAUUUCAGCUGCAAGUAGCUGCCUUCCUGCACCAUCUCUCAUUCCUGCUCUUUUGCCCCCCUGGGGAAACAGAUGACGUGGACCUGGAGCUGCGCCUGGCUCGCUUUGAGCAGCUGAUCACACGCCGGCCCUUGCUUCUUAACAGUGUCCUCUUGCGCCAGAAUCCUCACAACGUCCACGAGUGGCACAAGCGGGUGAAGCUGUAUGAAGGCAAACCUCGCGAGGUAAGGAAAUCCCCACAGUAGGGAUUGCAUGAGCAGACCCAGCGCUGGGAACGAGGGAGCUGCUGAACUUUCAGGCUAGCGUGUAUUAAACACUGGGUUGCAGCAUCAGUAAUGAAUGGUGAAGUUUUGGGUAUGGAGCUGAAUAUGAAUACCCUCCAAGGAGUUGCUGCCACCCAACGUUGGUCAUGUCACUGAUGGAAGUUGACACAGCAUUUUGUCCACUGGGGCUCCCUCCACCCCAAGCAAAUUUCAUGGAGUUUCAAAAAGCUUCUGUCUACUAAUGGGUGCUCAGCACACUGGAGUUUCCACGUUUGCUCAGAAGGGCAUUCAUAGACUGGUACUCAUGCCGGUCUAAUUAAGCUGCUGCCUGGAAGACUGACCUGCCACACAGGGCUGAGCUGGAAAUGGAGAGCCAGUUCUCCCACUUGUCACCAUCCAGUGGCCUUCUAGAUCUGCUGAGAAGCAGGCCGUUUUUCACAAUAAAAGCUUCAUUGGGAUUGUACUAGUUGGCACUUCUCACUUCCUCUGUGUUGUGCUUCGCAGCUACAGCCACCAAACCGUACAGAAAGGAAGGGACCUAGGAACCUGCCAGAGCUCAAUCUUUUCUUUUCUUCUACCUCUCUCCCUGCUUCCUCCAGAUCAUCAACACAUACACAGAAGCAGUGCAGACUGUCGACCCCUUUAAAGCCACCGGAAAGACACAUACGCUCUGGGUUUCUUUUGCCAAAUUCUACGAGGUCAAUGGACAGAUCGAAGACGUGAGUGAUGCAUGGGUUUGGGAGGCUAACGCUGCUCUGUCCUUGCCUUUCGAAAUGUUUCCUGCCUUACUUUCCUGCCUGCUGCCCAGAAGCACAACAGACCCUUCACCACAGCUGCCUCAGGCUUAACUCCAUGCAUUUUUGUUACUGUGUUUCAUUCUUCUUGUAAAUUGAUUCAGGAAUUUUGGUUGUGGUGAGUGAGUCUUAUAUUCAGUCAAUCUAACCCAAACUCCGGGAAGCCACCAUCCUUGGUGAUGCAGCAUUACUCGGAUGACCUGCCCCACCACAUAGCCCAGUCCAGGGAGAGGAGAUGCUGAAACUGGGGGCUCUUUCUGGCCCUGCUUUCCCCCUCACCUUGCCUACCUUAUUUGUUCCCAGGCCAGAACCAUUUUUGAAAAGGCUACCAAGGUCAACUUCAAGCAAGUGGAUGAGCUGGCCAGCGUGUGGUGCGAAUAUGGCGAGAUGGAGUUGCGGCACGAGAACUAUGACCAAGCGCUGCGCAUCCUGCGGGUGAGCAGAAAUAGGGCGGCAGGCAUCUGAUAAUCCAGAAGUGUUGCUUUUUGGGUUUCCAGAGGAUUACUUCGGAGUUAAGGGUGUAUAGUCAUGCAGUCAAAAACAAGACUCCUUUCUUCUGUCCACAUCUCCCUGAAUGGAGUUGGAGCUCUAGUGGUUAAAUCACAGGGAAGCACCAUUAUUAGCUGAAUGGUGCGCUGUGGAAACCCUGUGGAAAGCAGGAAACCAAGAUUUCUUAGCUUUUGUAUUUCUAACAAUGUGAGGCCACCCAAUUUCCUGUCUGCAGAGAUAAUUUAUAUCUAAAGAGGGAGAGAGAUACAUUCUAAGGGUGGGAUUCAACUAAGUUGUUGCAAGCGCAAAGUGAGGUCUGUUCCCACAACAGGAUUCCUCUGCGCUCACACACACCAAAAGAAAAUCUGCUCUGGAAGUUAGAGGAUCCUCAGAACAGGUUUAGAGGGCACACGGGGAGAAGGGAGGACGUCUUCUUGCUUGAGCAGGCCUUGUUCCCCAUGUGCAUACCCCACUUAGUGCUAUAUGAAUUCUACCCUUAAUCAUCAGGAUGUGCUGCUAGACUUCCAUAGGCUUCUCUUACAUUCACCGGCAUCUGUUUUCUCUUGUUCCUUCAGAAAGCCACAGCCAUCCCAGCUAAGAAAGCAGAGUAUUUUGAUUCCUCAGAACCUGUGCAGAACCGUGUGUACAAGUCCCUCAAGGUUUGGUCUAUGUUGGCUGACCUGGAAGAAAGUCUUGGCACCUUCAAGGUAAGUGGCCUCUCCUGGCCUCCAUUGUCUGCCAGAGCCUUCUGGAGUUGUGGGAAGGGCAAGCACCGACUUUUCCUGUCUGGAGCAGUCAUGGAAGCCUGCCUCAUCCAGACAGGAAAAGCAUUAGCUUUAGGUUUCUGUUCUUUUUUCCUAUCAUGGCACUUCUCUCUAGCUGUUUUUUAUAGUAUUAUUCAAUCAGCUUUAAUCGCCUUCUGUCCAGAAGUGUCUGAGAACUAUCCAAGGAAGCAAGUACUGUGGGCAGUAAAUGUCUCCUUGAACUAGCAGGGAAAGACAGAAUAAGGGUCAACAUCUGGGAAUUAGACUAAAGACAAAUUAGAAACCUGGCUCCAGUUUAGCAGGCAAAAGGAUUAACCACUGGGACAAGCUGUGCAGAAAGUGAAUGACUUUUUGCCACUUCAUCAGCCCUCCCAAAAGUCAUCUUUUUUAAAAAAAAGCUUUAGCCACGCACAAAUGAGCUGGUUUUUGAAUUGGCAUUCCUUGGCUUUUGAGUGGCACAAAAUCAGUGGUUAGGUAUUCCGUGGACCUCUUGGUUUGCUAGCUAAUGCUAUACUUUGAGAUCUUCUGAACCACCCAAAACGACAGACCCUCACUGUUUCCUAGUCUCCUUAAAGCUAUUCUAGAGCCUGUACCCUCCUCUCCUCCCCAUUCACCAUGGCUUUGGCUUUGAAAUAGUAUGAUUCUGAGGCAUGGAGAGGGGGCCUGUCUUGCUCCAUCAGCUGCUUCCUGUGCCUGGCUAGAGAGUAGCAUUAGGGCCCAGGGAACUGGCUCUGUUACAUGGAGUCAGUAGCAGAGCAGCCUUGCACAACUCAAGCCCCUGACUUCCUGUUCCCUGAAGCGAAGUCUCUACUUCAAGAAACUGAGUGGGUUUUGGUACCCAUAGCUUCUUUCAGCAUAUUUAUCUGCGCUCUCCUGACUUCUUUCCUGCCUUCAAUGUUUCCCCCUUUUUUCAUGAUUAUUUCUAGCUAGCCUUUUAGAAGGCGCUGGGAUAUUUUUAAUGCAUUUCCCUUUUCUCUUGGUUUUAAUGUAUCUAUGUGAGGUUUAUUGUCUGUUUGGUUACAAGUCGCUGUGGAUUGCCUUGGACAAGAUAAAGUAGUUGACAAAUUUAAUUGAUAAAUAAAACACUAUGUGAAGCACACAGCAGUAGUACACUACAUGUGAAGUAGUACACUACAUGAGAAGCACUACAGUUCUUGCUCCCUUAUUUUCUGACAAUCCAACUGGGGCCUACUGAUUCCCUUUGACGGUAAUAGGGAGCCUUGUUUACCGCUUGCCUUGAGCAGCUGUGGGCAGCAGCCCUGCCAGCUCUGCAUUAAAAGGCCUGUAUUGACCACAGGGACUUGUUUCCUCCCUCUGUAUCUCUGGGCAUAGCUGGGGAAGGAACAGUGACUGAGGGCCCCAAGCUGUCUCUGUAACUCAGCUGUCUCUUUGUGGUUCAGCCUAAUAUUGAAGUUUCUUUAUGUUACCACCCCUAGUCUACUAAAGCUGUGUAUGACCGCAUUCUGGACCUGCGCAUUGCCACCCCACAAAUCAUCAUUAACUAUGGCCUCUUCCUGGAAGAGCACAGCUACUUUGAAGAGAGUUUCAAGGUGAGUUGGCCAUAUCAAUACCUCUGUCUGCUCUCAUAGCAGCUGGGGGAGUGGGAAGUUGCCCAUCUGGUUGGUUUGGGAGCCACUGAAUCGUAAAAGCUGCCUGCUGCAAGCUGUGGAGCUUGAGAGAGAGGACCUUGGGCUCAAAAUAUCUACAGUGUGUGGUGUACUUCUUAGGUAGCAGAGCGGAACUAUGCAGAUCCUACAUCUCUGUAACCUUUGGAAAGAUUAGCAUGGGGGGUAGUAUUCAACUAAUAGGUCCCAUGAUUCAUUCCUUGGCAUCUCCAGAUUAAAAGACCCUCAGGUAGCAAAGCUGGGAAAAGAUUUAUCUAUUUUGGAGAUAUUGGGUUCCUGCUGUCAGCCAGAGCAGAUAGUACUGGACUGCAUAGACCACAAUCACCUGAUGGUGGUUUUCAUAUAAGCAAGAGUAUACCAACAAGAAAGCUUUUGCUGUCUUUUUCUUACCAUUCCUUCUCUCUGGCAGGCGUAUGAGAGGGGCAUCUCAUUGUUCAAGUGGCCAAACGUGUAUGACAUUUGGAACACCUAUCUUACCAAAUUCACCGACCGCUAUGGUGGCAAGAAGUUGGAGCGUGCACGGGACCUCUUUGAACAGGCUCUAGAUGGCUGCCCCCAGAAAUAUGCUAAAAGUAAGCGGAACUGUGCUCUGUUGCAAGGGAGCAGAGGCAGUAAAAGCCUGGAGGUGGGAGCUGAUAGAUAAUGGGAAAUGCCCAGUCCUGUUUUCCUGGGCAAUGGAAGCUGAGAUACAGGAAACAGCAAGGCCAAAGCUAGAGGACUUGCCCCCAAAGCGAGCCACAGGGCAUCUGCAUCCAUAACCCAGUGGCUGCCAUUGUGGUGUUCUCCAGAGGUUGUGGAUUACAGUUCCUAUCUGCCUCAGCUGGGCUGGCUUAGCCCAGUAGUCUGGGAUCAUGGGAGCUGUAGUUCAAAACAUCUGAAGGGCACCCCCUAGGGUAGCCAAUCUGUAUUGAGGCCUGAUAAGUUCCUGUCCAGCAGGAGCCAUUGAGAUGGAGAGAACAUCUCUGUCACAUCCUCUUCAGUGCAAGAGGGCAGUCUGAAUAAUUCUCCCUUGGGGCAGUGCUUAUUUAAAACUUUUCCUAUGGUAUCUGGAGUGUCACUAACGUAGUCCAUACAGGGCCAAAAUGUCUUGGUGAGAAGAGUUGAUCCGAAGAUUGGGGGUGGGGGAGGAAUGUAGUUUUGCUUGAAUUUCUUCUCUGUUCACAGCUAUCUACCUGCUGUAUGCCAAACUGGAGGAAGAAUAUGGGCUGGCACGCCAUGCCAUGGCAGUGUAUGAGAGGGCCACUCAGGCUGUGCAGCCUUCGGAGCAGUAUGACAUGUACAAUAUCUACAUCAAGAGAGCAGCUGAAAUCUAUGGGGUCACGCACACACGUAGCAUCUACGAGAAGGCUAUUGAGGUUAGUUCCUUCUUUCCCAAUAAAUAACACUGUGUUUAAAACUCCAGGAUAAGAAGAGUUUGGAUUUCAUAUCCCGCCUUUCACUCCCUUUAAGGAGUCUCAAAGCGGCAACCAUCUCCUUUCCCUUCCUCCCCCACAACAAACACUCUGUGGGGUGAGUGGGGCUGAGAGACUUCAGAGAAGUGUGACUGGCCCAAGGUCACCCAGCAGCUGCAUGUGGAGGAGCGGAGACGCGAACCCGGUUCCCCAGAUUACGAAACUACCGCUCCUAACCACUACACCACACUGGCUCUUGCCCUCGCCUAGAGAGAAAGUAGUCUGCUAGGUAAUGGCUGAAUAGGAUUGUGUUCCCUUAUAUGAUAUGGGGUAAAUGCAAAUACAGCUUCUGUAAUCACUAUUACAACUAUGAGGAUAUUGUGCAAUAUGCUGUUUUUGCUAUUAUUCAGUACAGGUCAAAGUGUUGAGUGCUACCUUUUUAUAAAGCCCUAUACAGCUUGGGACAUUUCCCAGAGAUACCUGCUUGUGCUCUGAGGUCCACUUCAGGAGCUGAGAGUGAGCCAGUCCCUUUGAUUGUGACCGCCAACCUUUGGAAGGCUGCCCUUGGGGAGGCUCACUUGGUGUCCACACAAAUCUUUGUCAUCAUGCAACAGGACUGCUAAUAUCAACUUUUUCUGCUGCUGUGCUCUUAUUGUGUCCCUUUCGGUUUGCAAUAUGUGUUUGGAUGCUUUUGUUUUUAACUCGUUAGCCAUUUUAGAAACAUUGACGGGCAGGGUGCAGUGUUAACACGUAUCCCCAUUGCAGGUGCUGACAGAUGAACACGCUCGGGAGAUGUGCCUGCGCUUUGCCGACAUGGAGUGCAAGCUGGGCGAAAUAGACCGAGCUCGGGCCAUCUAUUCCUACUGUUCGCAGAUGUGUGAUCCCCGAGUAAGUCACCUGGUGGACUCUCCUUUGUGAGAAGUUUCUAAUUAAGUUGGAUGGCCAUCUGUCAGGGGUUCUUUAGCUGCGAUUCCUGCGUUGCAGGGGGUUGGACUAGUUGACCCUCGGGGACCCUUCCAGUGCUACAAUUCUAUGAUCUCUCCCACACACUAGAGAACUAGUCAUACAUCUGCCUGAGCAAGGCUUUUUAGGACCUAGUGUGGGAAGGUAAGAAAAGCUAGCUCUCCAUUAUGUUCAAGGAUAACUCUAUCAGCAUCAUUAGUAUAUUAUUAUUAUUAAUUAUUAUUAUUAUCGUUAGUAUAGCUUAUUUAUCGCAAAGAUGCAAGGAUUUCCUUUUCUGGUGCAGAAGAUACACAGCACAACUCAUUUCUGUACAGUGGUGCCUCGCAAGACGAAAUUAAUUCGUUCCAUGAGUUUUGUCGUCUUGCAAUUUUUUUUGUCUUGCGAAGCACGGUGUCGGGAAAGUUUUGGAAAAGCUUCAAAAAUCACCAAAGUCUUUAAAAAGCUCAAAAAAGGCUACCACACCGUGUUCUAUGAGUUGCUCCUCGAAGUCAAGUCGCAACUGUAUUAACGGUGUUAAGAAAAAGGAAACAAACUUGCAAGACGUUUCCGUCUUGCGAAGCAAGCCCAUAGGGAAAAUCAUCUUGCGAAGCAGCUCAAAAAACAAAAAACCCUUUUGUCUAGCGAGUUUUUCGUCUUGCGAGGCAUUCGUCUUGCGAGGUACCACUGUACACAGACACACCUUCGUGUUGCUUUUCCCAUAGCAGAGCUCAGGGGAAAGACUAGUGAAGCAGGAAGGAGAAGUUCCAGUUGAUCUGUUGAACCGCGCAGUGACUGCCUUCUUUCCCACCCCACCCCUCAAAACACUUUUUCUUCUCCUUCCAGACUACUGCCAAUUUCUGGCAGACAUGGAAGGAAUUUGAGAUCCGGCAUGGGAACGAAGACACUAUCCGGGAGAUGCUUCGCAUUAAACGAAGCGUGCAAGCGACCUACAACACACAAGUCAACUUCAUGGCCUCUCAGAUGCUGAAGGUGUACAGCAAUGCCACGGGCACAGGUAGGUCUCUCUCUCCCCCCCCCCCCAGGUCCCAGCAGAGAGGGGUGUCUGCUGCUACAUCUCCUGUUCCGUUCUAACCCUUCCCCUGCCCUUCCCUCCUGCUUGUCUUUCGGUUUCAGUGUCUGACCUGGCACCUGGGCAGAGUGGCAUGGAUGACAUGAAACUGUUAGAGCAGCGGGCGGAGCAGUUGGCAGCUGAAGCGGAGCGAGAUCAGCCCCAAGCUAAGGAGAAGAUCCUGUUUGUCAGGUGAGUGUACUGCAGGCCAGGGAGACUUGCUUAACCUCUUCGCUGUAGGUCACCACCCAGCAUGCAAUACACCAGGGGUCAUAUUUCAGGUUGGGCAAGAACCAAGCUGUUUGUCGUAAGCUUGGAGAGUUGUAGAAGUAGGGAUGGCAGCACAAGGUAGCUGCUGAUGGAAAUAGGAAAACAUGCAGUGUUCUUGCCAUGAGAAACUAGGUAGUAGACAGAAUCUAUUUAAUGUGGAGUGUACAUUAUUUUUUAUCUUAAUGCAUGUAUGUUCUGGUUAGAGGUUUUAAAAAUAUUUCCCCCUGGAAUUUGGGUAGUAGAAGAGACACAGAAGUAUAGCCAGGGCCACAGAAACCACCUUAUGCCUACUGUCUCCACUACUUCAAAGGUUUUUUUUGUGGUUGUUGGGUGGGGGAAGAGACAUUUUUAAACAACUGCUCAGUUUGUCCAUCUGCUGUGUUAAAAUUCUGUAUGUGUCCACAUGCACUCAAUUUGGAUAGGUAGUGGAAUUCUAGUUCUUAUCAUGAUUAAACUUGUGGCUCCGUUGGGUAGUGGCAGGCACACACUGUCAGACCCAGGCUGGGCUUUGUUGUUAUGUGACUUGAACCUGGAGUCUUGUCUGCUAAACGUUAAGGUGAGAAGUCUAAGAUAUUGACAUUAGACUAAAGCCUGAAAGGAACACAAAACAGGAUUAAGAGUUUGCAGAUCAGGGUAGAGGGAGAAAUGUAGCAAUGGUGUGACUUAUGUUUUAACCUCCAUUGGUCCCUUCACUAUGCAUUUUUGUUCUGUUUUGCCUUGAUGGUUGUUACAGUGAAACCAAAUGCAUUUAAUGCGUUUAUGAUAAUGUGGAUAGUGAAGCUGUAGAGUUGAGUUAACGCUGCAGGUUCUAAUAGUUGGUGUAGCUUAUCUAGUGGCUUUCAGCUGCAGCCUGCAGUGGAGAAGAGACAUAUGAACCUGUAAAGCCAGCAGGAUGGACCUGUUUCCUGCAGUAUAGGCAUGGGGCAGUCACUGUGUGACUAAUACUGUGCUGGCUCCUGUACGAUUCACCAGUUUCUUGUUCCUUAUUUCUAGGAGUGAUGCUUCCCGCAGUGAGCUGGCUGAACUCUCCAAACAGGCUAAUCCUGAUGAGAUAGACAUUGAUUUGGAUGAUGGAGAUGAGAGUGAGGAUAAUGAGCCUGACGGUAAGUAAGAGAUGGUGCUGUAUGGUCUAGGUUUUGAAGCGAAUAGGCACAAAGUACACUAGGGUUUACCAGUAGAUCUCCAGGUGAUUUGCAACAGGACGGCAAGGGUUUCUGAUCUGCCAGGUCUCUAAAAAGUCUCCCCACAAGAAAAAGGGGGAUUGCUGAAGAUACUUUUGGCAAAACUAAGAGUAUAUUUUUGUGUGAAAAAGAGAGUUCAGCUUAGUUCUUGCACAAAUCAGAAAUGGUUGCUAGAAUGCUGAGGUCCAACCCAGCAAAGUCAUUUCUCUAAGCCUGACAUCUGACUGUUCUUGCUUUAUAUUGAUUAUCCCAAAUCUUCUCUCCUACAGAGGUGCAGCUGGAGCAGAAGAGUGUUCCUUCCGCUGUGUUUGGAGGCCUUAAGGAUGAUUGAGCAGCUGCAGAUGGAUGAACUGUUUUUGAACUAGGGCUACAAGUGUCGUAUCUGUAUAAGCUGCGCUUGGUGUAAUUUGUUUGUUUUCCUUGAUAGUAUCCUUUUCCAUUCUGUCAUGUUGCUAUUUAUAAAAUCUUUUUAUCAAAUGUCUGGUUUAGGUCUGUAUGGGAAACUAGCUCAAUUGGUUAGAGCAUGGUGUUGGCAACACCAGGGUUGCAGUUUCAAUCCCCAUAAGGGACAGCUACAAAUUUGUGCAUUGCAAGGGGUUGGACUGGAUGAUCCUCAGGGUCCCUUCCAGCUCUAUGAGAAAAGGUGGGCAACAAUGCCAGCUGCUGUAUACAAGAAUAAGUAACCUGCACUGCCAGCUGCUAGUUUGGCAUACUUUUCAUUACUGAAAUGCUAACUCUCCUACGCUUAAAAAGUGUAAUAAAAGGGGCUUCUUCAAUUUAUGUCAAACACUGCUUUCAGUUCAGUUCCAUGUUCAAUACAAUGGAGUGCUUAACCCU